CCUGUCUCCCCAAUAAACUUUAAUGAGGUGAUUAACGCGAUCAUGUUUUUUUCUCUUAGAGAGACCACUCAGGAUGUCAACAGUCUAAGCCUGGUAGGCUCCGAUGGCGAGUUGCUCCCUCAGUUCGUCUCUGAGGCCCAUGCACAUGGUGUUGAGGCCCAUAUUGCUGUCGGAGGCUGGACUGGGAGUAUUUGGUUCUCUUCCAACCUUGCCACUGCCGAAAACCGGACGGCAUUUGUCCUGACCGUGGCAGAAUUUGCUUCAAAGUACAAUCUCGAUGGCAUCCAGUUUGAGGAAUCGGCUUGCAACACCAUUAGUGCGAACGACACGGCAAAUUUCCUCGCAUUCCUCCAAGAGCUUCGCAUAAACAUAGUAGAAAGAAAGCUCACCAUCUCGGCGGCCGUGUCUCUCGCACCCUUCGAUGACGCUACUGGAAAUCCUUCUGCUGACGUCAGUGAGUUUGCGAAGGUACUCGAUUACGUCGCUGUGAUGAACUACGACGUUUGGGGUCCUUGGCUCCCGAAUGUGGGGCCUAACUCACCGUUGAACGAUACCUGCGCUGCGCCCGCGCAACAACAGGGUUCUGCUGUUUCUGCAGUCGAGGCUUGGACGAAGGCGGGGAUGCCAAUCAACCAGAUCGUGCUCGGUGUUCCUACCUAUGGUCACUCAUUCAGCGUCGCUCCCUCUGACGCCUUCACGACUAGCAAGAAGGAACUAGCUGCAUUCCCCACCUUCAACGCCUCGAACCAGCCCUUGGGCGAUAAAUGGGAUGACGCUGGUUCUGUUGAUGUCUGUGGCGUUCACGAGGGCGCAGGUGGCGAUUUCAACUUCUGGGGCCUCAUUGACGGCGGUUUCCUUACCAAAGAAGGCAAGGUUGCUGAUGGCAUCCACUACAGAUACGACACCUGCAGUCAGACGCCGUAUGUGUACAAUGAGACUUCACAAGUUAUGGUCUCCUUCGACAACGCCGAGUCGUUUGCUGCCAAGGGCAAGUAUAUCAAGAACACCGGGCUGCGCGGUUUCGCGAUGUGGGAAGCUGGUGGUGAUUACAACAACAUACUCCUCGACUCUAUCAUCAGUGCCGCUGCGUGAUAGAUACGUCACCACCGUUCGGGGACCGAAACAACCUUAUCGACGCAUCACACUCAUUAGUAUAUCACUACGUUCCUUACAUACCUUAUUGCUAUUAGGCUCGUUGCCAGAACAAAGGGAUAAAAAACUCCCUUUGUUCACGGCGCCGCUGUAUCAUUGGCUGCAACGCCUUUAUCCUCUCGUUUUUGAUAACCUUACAGUGUUUCUAUAAGUAGUUAGCUUAAUCAUAAACCAGUUCUUGAGUAAGUACCGAAUCACAUGCUAGAGGCAACCAUUCACCCUC